UGAUCAUAUGAACAAAUGCAGUAUGCCAAUAGUACUGGUACCAGGUACAUAUCACUAAUAAGCGCUCCGUGAUUUAAUUUAGAAUUGAGUAUCUCAUGCAAGAACUGCGAAUGCGCGACCAGAACCUUUGUGUACACUCCAAUCGCCAUCACAACAGAGACAACCAUCGCUUCGUUGCGCAUUCGCUAGAAAGCCCGACUCAGAGUCCCAUCAGCUGUCGGUAUCGGUUCAAUACUCAUGCACUUGUCCCCCUUUGAAGGACCGAGUUACUUCAAAAUCAGUGCCAGUCUUAGAUCAGCUGUGCACGGACAGCAUAUUCAGUCACGUUGCUCUUAUAUUAGCUCCAGCUCAUAUCAGUCUACUGUUAUAGCGCCUUCCCGGCGCCUCCAGCCUUGGUAUCAUGAGGAUGUCACACACCGAUGGCAUGCUGCUUCACAUAGCAGUGACAGAAGGAAACAGGCAGACGAUUUCUUUUCGAAAGGCGUGCCCACCUUCGCCUACGGAGCGAAGGCUCGUCGUCAUAUGCCACAAGAGGAAGGGCCGGAAGUGGCCUUCCUUGGCAGAAGUAAUGUGGGUAAAAGCUCCUUACUCAACAGACUCAUGGGAUCUCAUGUUGUCAAAACCUCUUCGAAAGCCGGACAGACCCAACAGCUGAAUGCUUUUACAGUCGGCCAAGCACCCAGACGCCUGACUCUAGUAGAUACCCCUGGAUAUGGCUACAAAAGUCAUGCGACACAAGGACAAAACAUCAUGGAUUAUCUACGGAAGCGUCGAACACUAGUCCGAGCCUUUUUACUUGUAGAAGCUUCCCAUGGCAUCAAGCAAUCGGACAUGGAUCUCGCGGAUGUUGAUAAACUGAAAGACCGAGAAGCGUUUGAAAGUCUUGCUAAAUGGCUCCAAAGCAAGCUCGAAAAAGAAGCCCCAGUAUAUGGCGAAAUCAUUGGCACAUCAAGCUCAUCGCAUACCAAAGCAAUCACAUCGUUGAGAUGCUCGAUCCUCACGGGGUGCAACAUGCUUGGGUGAUAAUCAGAUUCUGCGCUGGCUUUUUGGUGCGAUGCUAGCACCUGACGAAAUUUGCCUAGCACGUUCAUGCUUGACUUGAACGCUGCGGAACUUUGCUAGCAGUUCAGCAAAUGGUACUUCAUCUUUGCCUUUGCGCACCGUUCCAGAGAUCGCUGUUUGUGUAGCUUUGGCAGCCGGGAUAGACUGAAUGCUGUUGAGUCUGUUGCGCAGUAUUGUGAAAGCCGACGUUUGUGGCAACAGCAUGAGUAGACCGUACAGGCACUUGUGCAGGAAAGGAUAGCGAUCGUUGUCGAGAAGCUGUAAUCGCAGAUCUGGAUGUUAGAAAGCCAACAUGUGUUUCGGAACAGACAUACAUGUGAAGAUUGGUGAUUCUAGCAGAUGUACAAGCUUGUCAAUUUGAAUGAGCAAGUGUAUCGUGAUUUCAAGGUCAGCGAAGAUUUGAAGCAGGUUGAAAGCUUGCU